GACCUGCUGACCGACCCCUAUUUCCUCCUCCACGGCUCCGCUCCCCCUCUUCCUUUUCUCUCUCUCCCACGGCCCGAAUAACCAACCUAUUCUAGGGAUUAGAUCGGAAUAAGGGUCGGAAUAGAGGGAUGACGGGGUGCGGGUUCGGGGAUCCGAAUGGCCGGGAGCAGUGGUGCCGCGACGGCGUGGCCGCGGCCCACCUCAAGUGGGUCUCGAUCGGGAUAAUUUUAUUCACGAGCGCGGUGGGGAUAUCCUCGCCGGUGAUGCUGGCCCGCCUCUUCGAGGGGAAGCCCGCCUACGCGAACUCGCUCCUUCUCAUCAAGUGCUUCGCCGCCGGGGUCAUCCUCUCGACCUCGCUCGUGCACGUCCUCCCCGACGCCUUCGACGCCCUCGCGGACUGCCAACUCGCCUCCCGUCACCCGUGGCGCGACUUCCCCUUCUCCGGCUUCGUCGCCCUCCUCGGCGCCCUCCUUGCCCUCCUCGUCGACAUCUCCGCCACCUCCCACGCCUCCGCCGCCGCCGCCAAGCCGCAGUACACCCCGAUCGAUCUCGAGGAGUUGGGAGGAAAGGGCGGCGGAAAAUUACGGCCGGAGGCGGCGGCGGCCGUGGUGGCGAUGAGCGGAUGCCACGGCCACCAUGGGGACCGCCAAGAUUUGGAUGACCAUGGGAACGAGGAGGAGAGACUGGCGAAGCUGAAGCAGAGGAUGGUGUCACAGGUCUUGGAGAUUGGGAUUAUAUUCCACUCGGUGAUUAUUGGGAUCACGAUGGGGAUGUCUCAGAACCAGUGCUCUAUUCGGCCGCUUGUUGUUGCGCUCGCCUUCCACCAGAUCUUCGAAGGGAUGGGCCUCGGUGGAUGCAUCGCCCAGGCUGGUUUUGGCUUCUGGACAGUCGGGUAUAUGUGCAUAAUGUUCUCAGUGACUACACCAAUGGGGAUAGUGCUAGGAAUGAUGGUGUUCUACAUGACGGGAUACGACGAUAGCAGCCCCAAUGCUCUCAUCUUGGAAGGCUUGUUGGGAUCUCUCUCUUCCGGAAUUCUUGUAUACAUGGCUCUGGUGGAUCUCAUAGCUGUAGAUUUCUUCCAGAACAAAACAAUGUCCUCGAGUCCUCGAUUGAAGGCGGCUUGUUACAUUGCUUUAGUGCUAGGAUCUGCUUCAAUGUCUGUACUUGCACUUUGGGCAUAGAGCUUGAGUUUGUAAUUUCACCAUAUUAUUAGAAUUGGAAAUGCAAAAUAUAUAAUUUUAUAUCAGAUGGUGUGAUUUUCAAAA